GGCACGUGUGGCUCUGCUCCGCGACGAAGGACGGAGGCGCACUGACGACAGCCUUUCGGGAAUCGCCAGCGGAAUUCGAUGGAAUUGUGGAGUGAGAGUAGCAUUUGAAAGAGUGACCUUUCAAAAAUAAAGUUCUUAAGGGCAUGGCGAGAGAUAAACUAGUUUGCUUCUCACCUACGGGUGAGAAGCUGGCACACAGUGGACUAGAUGGUAUAUUACGAAUCUGGAAUACUGUAUCUGGAGUCCUAGAGCAUGAGUACCAGCCAGCAGAACACCUCACAGCAACAACCUCUUGCAUCAGAUAUUCACCUCAUACACCCAAAAAGAAUAAUAAAGGCCAGAAGAAUGAAGACACCAACAAAAAUAGUUUAAUAGCAAUGGGAACAUUAGCAGGAACAAUUAUACUCUAUAGUCCUGAGAAAAGGGAAGUCAUAGCCACACUUGAGCAUGGUCCUACAAAUGCUGUUUUAGAUAUAGCAUGGGGAGGCCCAAAAAAACUCUUUUCACUUGGUGAAGAUAACAUCGUGGUCGAGUGGGACAUCGUCUCGGGAAAGAAAAUUUUGGCUUCACCAGUAAGUGGAGGAACUUCGCUAUGCUACAUUGACAAAAAGACAUUAGUAGUCGGUCAUAGAAGCCUAGAAGUUGUCUCUUUGUUGAAGAAUGAAAGCAGAGUCAAGGUCAAGAAAAAAUUCACAGGCCACAUGUCCCUAAUUACUCAGCUUCUCUCUGUUUGUCCCGAAGAAGGUUCACCCAGAUACUUUCUUUCCUCCUCUGAAGAUGACAGAUAUUUCUAUGCCUGGGACUUGCAAAAGGAGGAUUCUGAACCUGUUGGAAGUUUUAUGGUAAAUGACACGAUUUUGUCAGUGGCAGCAGGAGAAAUGAAAGAAAGUACGGUAUUAAUGGCAGCAGUUACCAGCAGAGGUGUCCUUGUUCUCUUCAGACAACACUUAAAUGGAAAUGUAAAGAGGCAAGCAGUUAAAUCAAUAGGAAAGUUGAAAAUAACUGCAAAAUCCAAAAGCAAGCCAUCGACUAUACCUAUUGUGUCAGCCUUCUUUUGUAAUGACAGUACAUCUCAUAUUACCAUUGCAUACGGCAGUUCAUCAGUUCUGAAAUUUGAGAGACUAAGCGUAGAAGAAAUAUUGGCCCAAAAAGAGAUAGUAAGAGAAGAUCCUAACAAAACAUCUGUCACAGAAACCUCUUUAAUCAAAACAGUGACACCUAAGGUUACAAAAAAAGCUACCAUAGUCAGCCAUUAUACAUCACUUUCACAAAGUGAAAACAAAAGAAAAUUAGGCGAUGAGGAUGGUGCUGCAGCCCUGCCCAUGGAGGAGAGGCUCAACACCCUGGUAUUAGACACGCCAACAGUACAGGGAGAAAUACCAAAGGCUGAUAACCUUACACAGUUACUUCUUCAGGGUUUACAUAGUAAGGAUAAACGUCUACUAUCUGGUGUAUUUGAUCGUAGAGACCAAAAUUUGAUCAACAACACCGUACGCAGACUCCCAGUCCAAGCUGUGGUACCACUUAUAGAGCAUCUGCAGACACUUGUCAUGGGCAAAGGGCACAAACACUUUGGUUAUGUCACCUGGAUUCGUGCGGUUUUAUAUUAUCACAUGAGCCAUCUGAGUACAGUUCCAAACCGCAUGGAAUUGAUGAGACCAUUCUUCUCUGCAAGUGCAUCAAAAUUGUCAACACUCAUCCAGGUGAUGCAGCUUCAUGCUAGACUUGACCUGAUGUUGAACCAUGUUGCCACAAGACAUCAAGAAGAAAAGCAGGCAGAGAUAGAACCAGAUGCCAUGUUGGUAUAUAGAGAUGACUCUUCAGAUGAUGACGACAACAUGCUAGAUAAUGUCUUGGGAGUAUCUGAGUCAGAAGACCAGUGGGAUGAGAUGUCUGACUAUGGAGAAGUCAAUGGCCACUCAGAUGCAGACUCAGACAUGGAAGCAGAUGACACUGUGUCGGCAGUCAAAAGAAAAUUGGAAGAGGAGCAAGUAGUGCUGGACAGUGAUAGUGAGGAGGAAGAUGACUCUGAGGAAAGUGAAGAUGAAAAUGAAAUUGAAGUAGAUGAUAGUGACGAUGACUGAAUUACAGAGUAAAAUACCACUCCACAGAAGCACAGGAGUUCUCAUACUUUUUAUGUGAGCUGGGCAAUGUCAGUGUUACGGAAAGAAAAGUGAUCUCUAAUACUCUUAUUGAGUGAUAUAUGUUUAUGAAGUAUCAUGUUGGAGAAUUACAUAACACUAUUACAUAUUACAUAACAAAUCAGUCUGACCAAGAUGUAAUAAACCCAUCAUUAAUUUAUAUUAGUCAGUACAUAGGAACAAUAUUUGAAAGUAUACAAGAUCCAUUACCAAGCAAGUAACUAAGCCACACUUCACACCGAUUUAGAUUACUCAAAUGCAAAUCUAUAUCACCCUGGAUGCUUUCCAUUUCUUCUCAUUGGACUGCGUCUUUCAAGACAGAUAUUUGAUAUUGACACGUUUACAUUAUUCCUGGCAAGCAUUUGAAGAGAGUAGAGCUCUGACUUUUACAUUUAGCAUAUGGUGUGGGAAGCUUUGUAUGUGAGACGUCCUAUCUUCAAAAGUGAGUGAUAAAAUGAUGAAUGGAAAAGGAAAUUAAAAGAAACUACAAAUGCAUAUAGAUGUAUUUUUAUUAUAAAGUGUCCAUUGGACACAUAGUAUAUAAUUAUAUAGAACAAUCAUAAAGUUUUGGACAUUGAGGUAACUUUAUAUAUCCUGGCAUCAGGAUUGUACACUUUUUGAUAUUCAAGAGAAUACUAUAGCAAUUAUGGAAGGGAUAUGUAACAUGCUUCAGAAAUAAAGAAAAUAAGAUGUCCAUUUGUUAUGCUUUGUUAUAAGUAAUGUUGAACAUUUGAAAUUUACUUGUACACACAUUUGGCAGUUUGUAAUAAUACAAAUGAAGGUUAAUUAUGUGAAUAAUGUUUGAUAACCUCCCUUUCUCAUUUGUAGUUUAUUUAAAGAUCAAUCGCGUAAACAUUUUCCACAAAAAGAAAGUGGGGAGUUUACAUCCAAUCCAAUCCUUCAGUUGCUACUAUUCUCCUAAGCUGUGAAUUCCUGCAUGACUGGAAAAUUUAUUUUGUCAUAUAGAUAGUUUAGCCUUUCAUGUUGGGUGUAUGUUGAUACUAUACUUUGUUCACACAUUUAAGUAUUUUUGUCACAAGACCCUCUUUUUUUUGUCUUUUUGUUGUGAUUCACACAAUAUGUUUAAAUUGUGUUUGAUGUAUUUGUCACAUACUGACUUUCUGUGGUGGGGGAAUAUUUUUUUCUAUAAUUUAUAUCUUCAGUUAUUUUUAAUUAAAAAGAAUAAGACCAAUUUUAUCAUGACAAGUUGCAUACAUUUUAU